UUGUAAUGUGUCACUUCCGGGUUGGCUGCGGCGGGUUGUUAUGCUAGCAUGAAGGCUGGUGUGAACUAGGAAGGCAAGAUAACGGAAAAGGGGGGUAAGCCAAGGCCCUUUGACGAGGAAGUAGUGCGAUGAUAACAUGAAGCUCCGUCUUCUGUGAUUGCGACCUGCAUCUGUUUCCUGGCCGCGAUGCCGUCCCAGCGCGUCUUCGCCCUGCCGAGGCAACAAUCUCUGCUCCUGCCUGCCGUCAUCAACCCUUUCGUACAGAACACCCAACUCUCCAAUGCCACCAUACUCAAAUGUGUCCUCCAAGGAAUCAUCCUGGUCCCUCUUCGCGCCAUCAUCAUCUCAUUGGUGCUAAUGGUGACAUGGCCAGUGGCUGUCAUCAUCACCUUCAAGCACCCUCUCAAGGGGGCUGUGGCCCCAAUGACGGGAUGGAGGAGGCUCAUGUGUCAGAGUGUAAUGGCCGCCCUGGGUAGAGCCUACUACUUCUGCAUGGGCUUUCGUGUGGUGGUCAAGGGCAAGCAAGUGGGCAGCAGCGAGGCCCCAAUCCUAGCUGUGGCCCCGCACUCCACUUUCUUUGACGGCAUCGUGUGCAUCAUGGCCGGCCUACCCUCCACCGUAUCCCGCAUAGAAAACCUGGCUACGCCCAUCUUCGGCAGGUUUGUACGCUGCCUCCAGCCGGUGCUGGUGUCCAGGAAAGACCCAGACUCGAGGAAAAACACCAUCCAAGAAAUCGACAGCAGGGCUAAAUCAGGAGGCCGCUGGCCACAGGUAUUGAUAUUUCCAGAGGGGACGUGUACAAAUCGCUCAUGUCUCAUCACAUUCAAACAAGGUGCCUUUAUUCCAGGCGUCCCCGUGCAGCCUGUGAUUUUGAGAUACCCCAACAAACUAGAUACAGUGACGUGGACCUGGCAAGGUUUCAGCUCGAGGACCCUUCUGCUUUUAACACUGUGCCAGCUUUACACCACGGUGGAGAUUGAGUUCUUGCCACCUCACAUCCCCACAGAGGAAGAGAAAAAAAGUCCUGCUUUGCUAGCCAGCAGGGUGAGACACAUCAUGGCCAGGGCGCUGGGAGUCCCCGUGACAGACCACACGUACGAGGACUGCCGCCUGAUGAUCUCUGCUGGGGAGCUGACACUCCCUAUGGAGGCCGGCUUGGUGGAAUUCACCAAAAUCAGUCGCAAGCUCAACUUGAAGUGGGACAACGUGAGAAAGGAGUUGGACGGUUUCGCCGCCAUGGCCAGCUCAUGUAAAGGAGGACGCAUCACCAUUAAGGAGUUUGCCAGCUUCCUCAAACUCCCCGUCAGCCCCGCCCUACAGGAGCUCUUUGCCCUGUUUGACAGGAACUGUGAUGGCACCAUAGAUUUCAGAGAGUACGUCAUUGGAGUGACCAUCCUGUGUCGACCAGCCAACACUGAAGACGUCCUUCGGAUGGCAUUCCGGCUUUUUGACACAGACGAAGAUGAGAAAAUCACCCGGGAGGAGUUCACAGUGCUGCUACGCUCAGCUCUGGGCGUGUCCGAUAUCAACAUGGUCAAACUUUUUAAAGAAAUCGACGCAGACAACUCUGGUUUCAUCACAUUCAGUGAGUUUCAAGCCUUCGCCAUGACCCAUCCGGAGUACGCCAAGCUGUUCACCACUUACCUGGAGCUCCAGCGGUACCAAGCUAUCCAGGAGGCAAGUCCCGGCGAUCUGGAACUGUCCGGUCAGGUCAGUUCAGGAGAUAGCCAGGAAGACAGCAUCUCGGAUAAGAAAGACGACUGACAACUCGGUCCUUGGUCCACUCCGCUCCCCCAUGGUCUGAGCUAUCUCUUGCGUUUUUAUGGACGUUUUUAGACCACUUUUUUUUUGUUUCUUUGGUUUCAGUCUCAGUGCCUUAUGGUGCAGACACAAUAACUCCACCUGUCGAAGUUGCAGCUAAGUCACAAAUACUCCUUCUUUUAUAUAUAUAUGUUACUAUAUCAUGUUGCAGCCUUAUUCUAAGAUUUUUUUUAAAUAUACAAAUCAAAAAAUAUCAUUAACACUUUUUUUUUUGUCUUAUAGGUACAUUUUAGUUGUAUUUUUGGCCAUAGUUUUUGUUGUUACGCCAUUGUACAUGAUUUGCUCGUAGAGCUUUUUUUUCAUGUUACAUUUUAACAUUUCAAUGUCUAUACAAUGAUCGUUAAUUCAUCCAUUUACUACCGCUUAUUCCCUUUGGGGUCG